CAUCAUGCUCUCCAAUAAAUACUACAACCUGUCAAAAAACCAAAUAAGAGAAAAAGAGCUGUAGUAGCUGACAGCAAGGGUGGAGGGCCAUGGAAGUGUUCCAAAGAAGAACAAAGGAGACAUACUCUGGGUGACAAAGGCCUGCUGGACAGAUGGCCAUCUUGCUGCACAUCUCUUUUCCCUCCCUAGAGAAGUCCUGUGUACCUCCAAGCUCCCCAGAAUAGAGCUGUAAGGGUGGCUUAUGACCUUCCAUCACUUCAGGGUCAGACUAAACUUGACUCCUCCUGCUAAUUCUUGUCUCCUGAACACUGUCCUUCAUGAAACAAGCCUCGUGGAUCCUAACCCAAUAACACAGAGAGACGGAGAGCAGGCAGCAUCCGCUUAUUGUCCAGUAACACAAACAUAAACACCCUUCAACUAAGCAGUUACCAUGUGUAUAUACUAUAUACACGUGCCUACAUGUAUGCCUAUGCUUUUCCACACACAUCCAUGACUGGGCGCUGGAAACCCAGACCCAGAUUUAGAAACAUCAGACUCGGGUUCACCUGCUUCCCUAGCCAGGUAAACUUCUACCCUAUUUACUGUUCCUUAAGAACUCUUGUCGUAAACCUGGCCUAUUGUGAUAGGAGAAGUCCUGGUGUCGCAAAGCCACUCCUUUGGGGAGUUGUCCUGGGCAGCCCUCCCCCUAAGGCUCUUGCCCUUCCCUAAGCCUUUUACGUCACUCUCUCGCUUUUGCCCAGCAUUCUAAAUCCUAGAGAUAAGGUCACCCAAAUGGCUAAGAUGUUAACUGACAUAUAAACUUUCAUCAGCUUUACAGAACCUGAAGCUCCCUGUGACCCUUGUAACCCAUUUCCUCCAUCUUCAGUUCUGGUCAUCCACUAACAGAAAGCAUGUCAACCGAGGUAAGAUUUAACCUGCAGAAACAUGAUAUGCUGGUCCAAAAAGAAGUACAGGAGCUGGUUUCAGGAGGUGCAGGAUCAUUAUGAUGCAUUGAGAAGAAGAAGAAACAAGAGAUAUGCUCUGAGUAGUGAAGAUGCCACUCAGGGUCCUGCCCUGCUUCUUCCUCUCUACAGAAUCCCUGUGCACGCCUAAAUCCCACAAGGUGAAGCUUUGACAGGGAUGCAAGCCUGUCCAGCUCCUUCAGAGCAGCCCUUAGAUAAACCUUAUUCCUUCCCACUGAUUUCUUUCCUAAAUAUUGACCUUCAAGCGGUGGUCAGCCUGGACUUUGCUGGAGUUACCCUGGAGCAAGUAGAAGGAUGGUGAGGCAAGGAAUGUUCAUGACCUGGGACCUGUUAGGUAUGAAUGGUUCACCUCACUGGAUCACCUGGAUCUACAUUUAACGAGAUUUCUUUCAGGAGUGGUCUUCACAAGCACUGACUAUCAGAAGUGCUGUUCUAGGAGGCAGACCCUCUGGAGAGGGUUCUGGUCACAAACGGAGCUGUCUGCCGGCCUGUGCUAGUCUCUUCUAGCAAAUCCUGACACCUUCCCAGGGCCUCACACCUCUGUGUCACCACCGCGACAGGCCCCUCAGCACUUUGACAAAGCCUCUGCAGGAAAUGAUAUUUUUCCAAAAGGAAAAGGGAAAGGGGCAGGGAGACAAAACCGCCUAGUACACUAAAAUUUUAGGACGGGAGAUGGAGAAAUGAGAGGAAAAGAAGAGGGAGGGGGGAAGAGCAAGGGCCCUGCUUCUUCCCCUCUGCUUCCCUGCUUCCUUCCUGGGAGACUCACGCCAGGGCUUCCUGUUGGCUUUCCCCAUGACUAAAGUGCACGGGUCCUGCCUCAUCACGCCACUGCCCGCUUGGCUGCCUCUCCCCAGUUCCUCCAGCGUCCUUAGAGUCCGGUGGGCCUGCAGACUGGGCACACAGCACGCCCACCUGCCUUUGUCACACCCACACCGACGAGGGUUCUCUGUGGUGGCCUGGCAGGCUAGAGGGCUGCUGGGUGUGCAGAUGUUCAAGUAUGGAAGGGUCCAUCCAGCUCCUGGCUUGCUUGGCAUGUGUCCUCCAGAUGGGAUCACUUGUGAAAACUAGAAGGGAUGCUCUAGGGGAUUUGCUCAACACAGAGGCGCACAGCGCGCCGGAGCAGCGCUGGUCCAUGCAGGUGCCCGCCGAGGUGAGCGCGGAGGCGGGCGACGCGGCGAUGCUGCCCUGCACCUUCACGCACCCGCACCGCCACUACGACGGGCCGCUGACGGUCAUCUGGCGCGCGGGCGAGCCGUACGCGGGCCCGCAGGUGUUCCGGUGCACCGCGGCGCGCGGCAGCGAGCUGUGCCAGACCGCGCUGAGCCUGCAGGGCCGCUUCCGCCUGCUGGGCAACCCGCGCCGCAACGACCUGUCACUGCGCGUCGAGCGCCUCGCCCUGGCGGACAGUGGCCGCUACUUCUGCCGAGUGGAGUUCGCCGGCGACGCCCACGACCGCUAUGAGAGCCGCCACGGGGUCCGGCUGCGCGUGACCGCUGCACCCCGGAUCGUCAACAUCUCGGUGCUACCAGGCCCCUCGCACGCCUUCCGCGCGCUCUGCACCGCCGAGGGGGAGCCCCCGCCUGCCCUCUCCUGGUCCGGCCCGGCCUUGGGCAACAGCUCGGCUGCCGCGCGGGACCAGGGUCACGGUUACCAGGUGACGGCCGAGCUGCCUGCGCUGACCCGGGAUGGUCGCUACACGUGCACUGCAGCCAAUAGCCUGGGCCACGCGGAGGCCAGCGUCUACCUGUUCCGUUUCCAUGGCGCCCCCGGAGGAGCCUCGACUCUGGCGCUCCUGCUCGGCGCGCUGGGCCUCAAGGCGCUGCUGCUGCUUGGCGUUCUAGGCGCGCGCGCCACCCGCCGACGACUAGAUCACUUGGUCACUCAGGACACCCCUCCACGGUCUCAGGCUCAGGAGUCCAAUUAUGAAAAUUUGAACCAGAUGAAUCCCCCAGGCCACCAGCCGCCACGUGUUUGCCAUGAGGAACUCCUUGGGCAUCGUCAACCAGUCGUGCACCAUGAGAAAUGAAAGACAGCACCAGGCUAGACCUGCACAGCUCCUUCUAAUUCCCAGGUUUCUUGGCAACUGUGGGCCAGGUAACUUCCAAGGGGACCCAGGACGCUGCUCACAGAGGCUCAGAGCCCUGCGGUAUUAUGCCAUGGAGCCAACAAUCUGGAUGUAAACGUAUAUGUAUGCCCACAUGAGCCUCAGCACGAACUUCUGGAAAAACUACUUUGUAUUUUUCUUUCUUAGAACUAUAUAGUAAAGCAGAUGGGAAACUAGCCAUAAGGUCUAGAGGUCCAGGCUCCAGCCUGCUCUGGCACCAACUUGCGGUAUAGACCAGGACACUUUCUUCACAUCUCUGGGCCUCAGAUUCUCCAUGACUGGCCAGUUUGUCUAGAACUGAGGAAAGAGUAGAUGUGAAGGAGCAGUUAAACUACAAAUCUGUCUCAACUGUGGGCCUUUGGACAUGGAGAAUUGAGAUAAGUGUGGCACCGCUCAGCCUUUGGAGACCGAAGCACUCCAGAGAACAAGCCUGGGGCUGGAGCUGUGCACACUGCUCAGAGGAACUGCCAACUCUGGAAACUUGAUAGCAAGAAGAGGCCUGGAGCCUUCUGAGAGCUCCACAGGGACUGUCUCAGCCCUCUGCUCAACUGAGGUCAUAUCAGCUGAUCCACACUGCUUUGAGCUGGGACCAACCAGGAGAAGGAAACCGAAGACCCAUUAUCUCAAAGCAUCUGAAAGCCAUAUGUCAAGAACUGGGAGACCUGAAGGGACACUGGGUUCUAGAGAAUAUGGCAACUGUAGCUCUGACCUCUCUGUGCAGCGUACACCCUCAUGAGAUGCACCAAAUCCAAGAGCGCUGGCAAUUUCUCCCCACUUGUCUGAGCCCAGCCAGGUUCACUUCAAGAGUAGUGUUUUCCUUAUUUAUAUUUCAGUGUGCAUUUGUUGAUCCUGUGGAAGAAGAGGUGUACUUGGGACCAAGUAAACCACAAGACAGGAGGCUAAAGAGACCAUGUUUUUCCAGGGACCAAUGUUAUAGGUUGAGGGCAGUAGGCUUCCAGGCUUUCCUCAGCACCAGAAUCUCAGCCAAGGCAAAUGGUUGAUGACAGCUCAGUUAUCUCAGGAUCCAGCUGUUAAGAGAUCAUAGGAGUUGACAUCUGGACCUCCCUGCAGAGGGGAGCAUUAGAGUGUCUCCAGCAAGGGCCUUGCAUCACCAAGGAAAGAUAGGGACAUGGAUAUGGUGUGGAGUAGCACGUCAUUGGUCUUUGAAGCUGUUUUCAUAUCCAAGCGAAUUAUAUGAAUUACUGCGUGCAUA